UUGAUUCCCAUCGCCCCGGUAAUAACUCGCGCCACAGCUAGGCAGGUACCUACCCCAGGUCCAUGUUUCGUGAUUUUUGUGAUUUUCAUUACAGACGCACCUAGGUGGCAAGGCAGCACUAGGAAGAUCCUCUCUAGGCGGUAGGUAGGCCUGAUGUAUGAGAUUGGUGGGGAAAGGGGAGCCAUUAUCUCCAGUACCAAUCCUCCAAUUCUUAUUGCGACUUAAUUUCAUCUCCACAGUCUACCAUUCCCAAGUAAGCGAGACCGGAGGAAAUGGCUACUGACCAACAAAAUCCACUCAUGGAAGCGGUUGCUGCAGGGAGAGUUGCCGAGCUAGAACAAUUCCUCGCGACGAAAGAGGAGCCUUCAGCAGAGACCAUCCAAAGCCUUCUGGCAAAAGCGGCAUGGGAGUCCCAACUACCGGUCGUUGAGUUUCUUGUCUCCAGAUAUCCUUCUGUGCCCCUCAACGAAGAAACCGUCCGUGCGGCCAUCUACUCCAGCUCCACCGAUCUGGUCUCGGCUCUACUUGCCAAAGAUCCUUCCAUAAUCAACUGGCAGUUCGACAGACGCGGCACGCCCAUCGCGCUCGCGUGCGUGAGUAAACAACCCGUCGAGUUCGUUGAGUUUCUACUCCGAGCCGGCGCGGACCCGAACUUGGAUCCGGAUGUCACCCCGUUGCCGCUGGCCGGGGCGGCUUUCCACCAGGAUAUUGGCGCUAUCGGGGUUUUGUUGAAAUAUGGCGCUAAGUUAGAGGGCUCAGGGGCACUCGGGGUAGCAGCGUCGCGUGGUCAUGAGGCUGUGGUGCGGUACCUGAUGGAGCGCGGCGCUAGACCAGAGACCGACACCUCGAAAGUUGGAAGUCCCGAGUCUGCUGUUCAUUAUGCGGUGCGGAAAGGUCAUCUAGGGGUACUAAGAAUAUUCCUCGAGUAUGGGCUUGAACGACGCAUGUUGAUGGAUAUUGUCACUGAAGAGGAAAGUAAGGAGGGGAAAGAUAUGAGCGCAGUUAAGGAAUUAGCUGCAAGUCAAUGA